AUGGCCAUUCUUGUGCCUAGUUCUGGCAUUCAGUGGACAUGUCCAAGGGAUUUGUAUCCUGAAAGCCAGGAUGCAAACGACUUCAAUGAAGGAAUAUUUCCAGGAUUAGUCAGCCUUGUUGAUCUACAACUGCUGAAAAGCGAUGAGUCAGAGAAAAACACAGUGCCAGAAGGAUUCAUCAACACAGGUCAUAUAGAUAUACCAGAAAGUGAUGAGACAGAGGAAGAUGCUGCAUCAGAAGGAUUCAUCAACACAGGUCGUAUACAUACAUCAGAAAGUGAUGAGAUGGAAGAAGAUGCUACAUCAAAAGAGCCACUGCAAAGUGAUGAGACGGGGGGAAACACUGAAACAGAAGGAAAGUCACGUUCCAGCAAAACUAGCAAAAAACCACAUUCAGAUAAGCCACAGCAUGUUCCAGAUAGUACCCCACAGUACUCAAAAAAAGAUACUGAUGUUCAUCCAGAUGAAGCUUCCACAUGGGGCAAAGGCUUGUUCAAAACCUUUGGCAGUUACAUGUUCAAUUUCAAGUCCUUUUGCAACUUCACUUUUUGUCGUCAUUGUGUCGAAUCUGGAAGAGAAUUCAACAUUGAGAUGAGUCGGAACAAGGAUGGAAAGAUUGAUCAGAUAUCAAUUGUGCUAGAUGGCAAUGGGAUCGUGGUGAAAACUGGCAAAAUUCUUGUCAAUCACAGAUAUGUUCAAGUGCCAUAUGACAAUAAAAUGAUCCAUAUUAAGAAAUAUGGGGACUACACCAAGCUGGAAAGUCGCAGAGGUAUUCUGACAUUAUUAUGGAAUGAUGAAGAUAAAUUAUCAAUCAUUCUGCAUAAAAAAUAUGACACCUGUGGCCUUUGUGGAAGUCAUCAUGCUGGCAGAGGCAUAGAUGUCAUGAAGCUGAUUAGAGACAGCAAAAUUCCAGAUACAACAUGUCCUGAGCCUGUGAUGGAGCAGAGUCUACAUUGUGGUGAGGGGGAAAUGUAUUGCCGUGGUAUCAUUUCAAAGUACUUCAAAUCAUGUAAAAAUAUCGGCAACCAGAAUCAUGAAUAUGAAAGGCUGUGCACUGAAGAAUACUGCAAAACUGGAAGUAAAAUGGAUGUGUGCUCUACAUUUCUUGAAUUAGCCAGGAUAUGUUCGUCUGGAGGUUCUGGUCCAUUUGAAGCAUGGAGAAAAGAUCCUGAUGUGGUUUGUGUUAUACCUACAUGUCCAGAAUCUGCAAUUUACAGAGACUGUGGUCCUUCCAACCAGGCAACAUGUUCCUAUAUGUCUCCUUACCAAGAUACUGGAUGUGUGAGUGGUUGUGUAUGCCCUGAAGGCUACGUGCUUGAUGACAUUGGAGGAAAUGGGAAAUGUAUCGAGAAAACUAAAUGUGCUUGCCAAUUCAAUGGAAAAGUAUACAGAUCAGGUGAAACGAGGAAAGGUCCAUGUAAUUCAGAAUGCACUUGCCAGGAUGCAAAAUGGGCAUGCACUCAAUCUUUAUGUCCAGGAAGAUGUGCAGUGGAAGGACCUUUCAUCACAACCUUUGAUGGCACCUCUUAUACCUAUGCUGGAGACUGCCACUUUAUAGCAAUCCAGCACAACAGUUGGUCUCUGAGUGUGGAACUGCGUCAUUGUCACACUGGUCCAGCGGAGACGUGUCUCAAGAGUGUGACUUUAGGUCUUGGAUUGCCUCUUUCAGCAGACAAAUACAUAUUCCAUAGCAAUGGCAGCUUCUUCAAUCACAAGAUAAAGCAUGAAGAUUAUUACGCUUCAGAUACAAUCAUCAUCUUCAAACGAUCUUCAUCCUACAUUGAAGCAGAACUAUACUUUGGCCUUAAAAUACAAAUACAGCUAGUCCCAACUAUGCAGCUCUACGCCACAUUGCCAGCAGGAAAAUAUGGAAGUACAAGAGGGCUCUGUGGUUCAUUCAAUAACAAUGCAGAAGAUGAUUUUAUGUCCAGCCAGAACAUCCUGGAGGUGACCCCUGAAACAUUUGCAAAGUCCUGGGAAAUUAUGACGUGUCCUAAAGCCAGGCAUCCUUCAUGUACCAGCAUAGAAAAAGAAAAAUUUGCCAAAGAAAACUGUGCGAUCCUUACUGAUCCCAAUGGAGUAUUUGCUGCUGGCCAUUUUACAGUGGACUACAGAUCAUACUAUGAAAAAUGUCUUAUAUCGACUUGUGUAUGUGAAGAAAUCAAAGAUUGUUUGUGCACAGCACUAGGAAACUACGUCAAGGCAUGUGCUAAACAUGGAGUGUACAUAACUGAUUGGAGAACGGGAAUAUGUGAGCAAAAUUGUGAAGAAGGCAAAGUCUUCCAGUAUAAUGCAAAAGCCUGUAACACCUCUUGCCGUUCCUUUUCGGAGAAGGAUUUGAGUUGUGAUGUAGAAGGCAGCCCAGUAGAUGGAUGCAUUUGCCCUGAGGGCCUAUAUAAAAAUAGCAAAGGAAUGUGUGUUAAGCAAAAUAUAUGUGAUUGUUAUGUGGAUGAUAAAGUGCUGAUGACAGGUCAACGUAUUACACUGGAAAACUACACGUGGUACAAACCUGACAGUGUUAAUCACAUGACAGACAUGCCCUGUACACCUGGUUGCUACUGUCCAUUAGGCAUGGUUCGAGACAGUCAGGGGCAAUGCAUUCCACCAUCACGUUGUCCAUGUUCUUACAGUGGUCAGAAAUAUGAACAAGGCAGGAAGAUAAACGUUGAAUGCAACACCUGCACAUGUGUAGAAGGAUCUUGGAAGUGUACUGCAGAAAAAUGCCAGAGUUAUUGCCAUAUCUAUGGGGAUGGUCAGAUUCAAACCUUUGAUGGAAAGUGGUACAGUUAUGAUGGAUUUUGUCAGUAUGUACUUGCUGAGGACUAUUGUGGUAAAGAAGAUGGGUCAUUCAGAGUCCUAACAGAAAGUAUCCCAUGCUGUGAAGAUGGAGUCACAUGCUCAAGGAAAAUCACAAUGAUCCUAGAGGGUGGCACCCUUGUUCUAGAAGAUGGAAAAUUCAUGUUCACUAAAGAUUCUGGGAAUACUAAAUGUACAGGCGAGAAGCCCUUCACUGUCCACACUGUUGGACUGUAUUUGAUCAUCAGAUACAUCCAUGGAAUAACUUUGAUUUGGGACAAAAACACAAGAGUUUCUAUUAUCAUGGAUUCACUUUGGAAUAAACAAAUAUGUGGCCUUUGUGGAAAUCAUAAUGGGAACCUUCAGGAUGAAUUUACUACUAGACUAGGCACACUGGCAGCUGGACCAGUGGAGUUUGGCAACAGCUGGAAGACUAUCCCCAUGUGUUCUGACAUACCAGCUGAGUCUUUUCCAUGUGAUGCAAAUGCCUAUUGCAAAAACUGGGCUGUGAGGAAAUGUGAAAUAAUCAGAGACCACCGUUUCAGGGAGUGCCACAACAAGAUUGACCCCACUCCAUAUCACAAAGCUUGCAUUGAGGAAGCUUGUGUAUGCACAAUGGAAGGGAAGUAUCAUGGAUUCUGUACUGCUGUAUCAAUGUAUGCAGAGGCAUGUGCAUCAGUUGGCAUCUGUAUAUCUUGGCGAACUCCAGAACUUUGCCCUGUCUUCUGUGAUUACUACAAUGCACCUGGGGAGUGUAGCUGGCAUUAUGAACCCUGUGGAAGUGUGACAACCAAAACCUGUAAGGAUCAAACAAGUGGCAGGAGUCUUCCAUCUGUCUUGGAAGGUUGUUACGCAAAGUGUCCUGAGCAUGCACCUUAUUUAGAUGAAAAUACCAUGAAAUGUGUCCGUUUGUCAGAGUGCACAUGCUAUCACAAUGAAGUAGUCUUUCCUGGAGAAUUCAUUUAUGAUGAGUGUGGAAGACAAUGUUUUUGCAGAAGUGGAGAGUUCGAAUGCUCUGAUCUUCCAAUUAUUCCAAGAAUGGGGGAAGCAUCAAAACUAAAGACUGAUGUAGCUACUAUUUCAACUACUGCCUCCACCUCUGCCAUGGCCACUCACAUGAUAGGAACUGGUAGAAAAGAAGAAGAAACUUCUGGUUUCAUUGAUAGUACAAGUCAGACCCUGCAAACGAAAGGUUUCACAGAAGGUGAAAGUGGAACUGUUGGUUGGGACACGGGUGUCCCUGGAGAUGCUACUGAACAUGUGGACAAUUUGGCUAAAACAACUACAGCCAUGGCUGGACAUGACAGGUCCUUUACUGGUGUUCCUCCUGGUACCAGCAUGCAUAUUACCAGCAGUGCUCUCAAAUGGAAUACAGGUGUCACCGGAAGACCUACAGAACAUGUACUACUCAGAAGGUCAACUGAAGGCAAGGAGAGUGUCACUGCACAAACAGAUGGACAUGAUAAACCCUACACUGUUGUCCCUUCUAGGACCAGGAGAAGUAUUACUGGCAGUCUUGUCAAACAGAAUACAGAAUACAAAAAACCUACUGAACGUGCAACAGUCAGAAGCUUAACUGAAAUCAACAAGGCCACUACAGAAUAUGACAAGCCCUAUACUGAAGUCUCUGCUGGGACCAACACAGAUACCAUCAGCAGCAGUGUCACUUGGAAUAAAGAUGUCACUGAGCAUCUGAGAUUUCAAAGCUCAUCUGGAAGCACAGAGAGAGACACCAGACAGACCAAGCAAAAUACUGUGGGUCCUCGGGGAACAGUUGCAGGAGUGACCAAAAGAAAUGGUGGCACUGAAAACACAGCAAAUCUUGGCAAAACCCAGAAAUUGAUGGAAACAUCGCACUAUGAUACUGGUCCUCCCAGGGGAAGAGGUAGUACAGUUUGGGAGACCACCAAAGAUACUGGAAUACCUAUCACUGAGUACACUGAAGGUGGCCAAGAAGACUUCUCUACUGUUGCUGAUACCACUAUUAGAAGAAGAGCUGGAGAAUGUCCAGAAACACCAGAAUCAACCUCAUGUCGGUUUAAAAGUAAAUAUUACAUGAUUGGACAAACAUUUAAGGAUCCAGACAAUCCAUGCCUCGAGUAUACCUGUACCCCAGAGGGCUUUACAACAAAAGUUGAAGAAUGCGUUGGGCAAAGCUGGUGUAAAAACACAUCCAGAGUAUAUCGUCCGAACAAGUGCUGCUACGACUGUGUAAAUGCAUGCAGACCAGUUCCUAUGCCAGUGAAAAUUAAAAUCAAUGGUUGUUCAGAUACCGUCCUGAUGUCAAUGUGUUCUGGUGAAUGCCCAAAAUCACUCAUAUAUGGUGAAGCUGAUCGCAGAUUACUGAACAAAUGUUCUUGCUGCCAGGCAACAGCUCAUGUGACCAGAAAUAUCCCAGUUUUCUGCUCUAAUGGAAGAAUGGAAGUAUAUACAUACAAGCACAUAAUCUCUUGCUCCUGCGAGAGUUGUAAAGUUCCCCUUUAAAUGAUUUUUCUUCUUCUUCUUCAUUUAAAAUUUCUUUAAAGUGCACUUUUGAGAUCUUCAUGGAUGACCACUGCUGAUUUAAAUAAUUAUUGUUGACAGUACUAGGACUGUAACCAAAAUCUGUUAACAUACGCUUUUCACAAUUUUUUUUUGCAAAUACUCUUUUGUUCUGAUUUAUAGAUCCAGUCAGCACUGUAUUACUCACACAA